AUGAAAUCUACUCAAUUUUUAAGUACCUUUUUAUUAUCUGCUGGUUUCGCCCUUGCUGCUGAUGAAGAAGAAGAAAACCCAUAUGCUACCUACCCAUCCGUUGCCAGAACCGCAACCAUCAAUGGUUUUGCUGACCCAGUUUAUGAUAGUCUUCCAUCUUGUGCUCAACCAUGUGUUGACCAAAACACUGGUUUAACUCCAUGUCCAUACUGGGAUACUGGAUGUUUAUGUAUCAUGCCCCAAUUUGCUAACUUAAUUGGUAACUGUAUCGCUGAAAGCUGUAAGGGUAAUGACGUUGCCGUCGCCACAGAAGCUGCCACUGCCGUUUGUGCAGCCGCUGGUGUUUGGGACCCAUACUGGUUCGUUGGUGACUCUGUUAAAGAAGCUUUGGCCGCAGCUGCAGCUGUUGAAGCUGAGACAACUGUUGAAGCUCCUUCCACCACAACUGAGCCACAAGCAUCUACACCAGAAGAAACCGCUGCCCCAGAAUCUACCGCCGACGCACCAGAACCAUCUCCUGAAGCACCAGAACCAUCUCCUGAAGCACCAGAACCAUCUCCUGAAGCACCAGAACAACCUACAGAAUCUUCUGCCGAAGAGCCACAACCAACUGUUCCAUCUUCAGCCGAAGAAUCACAAGCUUCUACUGCAGCUGAAGAAGAACCAGAAGCCUCUGAGGAACCAGCUUCUGUUUCAAUUGCCCCACCUUUAAAUGAAACAGAAAUCUCCUCCUUACUUAAUGGUGCUAACCACCAUGCUGGUGGUUUUGUUGCCGCUGUCGCUGGUCUUGCUGGUGUCGUCGCCGCCUUAAUCUAA